AUGGGGAUGCUUUCCCCGGGGAAAGUCCCGGGACGCGCCUCUGUGCUCGCCCCCCGAGGGGGAGGCCCCCACAGCCGCCAGACGCCGAGUCACACGCGGUGGCAUCACCAUGGGGAGCUGGAAAACCUCUCUCCGUGCUGCUGCACCAGGGGCUCGGCGGGGGUUUCGAGCCCCGAAGGGACUCGCUCGCUCUCGGGUGAUGCUGAGCGCUCUGUGGGAGCCGGGCUGGGGGGCUGCAGCUCCCUGGAAAUACCAGCAGGGGACUCCUCCAGCUCGGGAUAUUCUGUGAUACAGUUCCCGGGCACGUGUCUCAAAGCCCUUGGGCUUUUCUCAGGCUCCGGCGCCGGGCUGGAGGAGCGGCUGCCCCACGUCGAGAGGGACGAGACGGUGCUGCCGCGGGCGCUGCCGGUGCCCCGGGGGAAGAGGGACCUCUCCGCGCCUCCGAGCACCUACCCAGACCACGUCCUCUACAGCGUCCGUGCCGAGGGCAGGGAAUACCUCCUGUGGCUGGAGAAGAACAGGGCCCUGCUGGGGCAGCACUACACCGAGACUCACUACUCGGCCGACGGCUCCGAGAUCACCGAGAAGCCGGACACGCAGGAUCACUGCUUCUACCAGGGACGCGUGCGGGGACACCCCGGCUCGGCAGCGAGCAUCAGCACCUGCGGCGGGCUCAGCGGGUUUUUCCGGGUGAAUGAGACCACCUUCCUGCUGGAGCCGCUGGAGGGGGCGGUGGCCGGCCGGCACGCCGUGUACCGAGCAGCUCACCUGCGGGGCAAACGCGGCACCUGCCGGCAGCCCGGGGCCACCCUGGAGUACGACCACGAGCCCAAAAUCCCCGCAGCCAUGAAGCUCUACCGCUGGAAAUCAGGUCCCGUACAAAAAGGUCCCCGGUACGUGGAGCUGGUCCUGGUGGCAGACAACCAGGAGUUCAGGAAGCACAAGGACCUCCGCACCGUGCAGAACCGCAUGAAGGAAAUCGUGAACCACGUGGACAAGCUCUACCAGCCCCUUCGCCUGCGGGUGGCCCUGAUCGGCCUGGAGGUGUGGAACCACAGGGACAAAAUCACCGUCAGCCCCAACCCCGAGGUGACGCUGGACAACUUCCUGCACUGGCGGGAGUCGGAGCUGCUGCGGAAGAAGCCCCACGACAACGCCCAGCUGAUCACGGGCGUGGACUUCCACGGCAACACCGUGGGGCUGGCCAAGAAGCUGGUGAUGUGCACCAGGGACUCGGGCGGCGUCAACCAGGAUCACAGCACGAACCCCAUCGGUGCUGCGUCCACCCUGGCUCACGAGAUGGGGCACAACCUGGGCAUGUCUCACGACGAGGACGUCACCGGCUGCCGCGGGGGGGGGGGGGGGGGGGGGGACGUCACCGGCUGCCGCUGCCCCGUCCCCAAAGCUGACGGGGGCUGUGUCAUGGCCGGGAGCGUUGGGCUGGUCUACCCCAAGCUCUUCAGCCAGUGCAGCGAGCAGGACAUGUGGCAGUUCCUGGGGGACCCCCGGACCAGCUGCCUGCUGAACGCGCCGCGGGCGGACGAGCUGUACGGGGGGCCGGUGUGCGGGAACCAGUUUGUGGAGCGGGGAGAGCAGUGUGACUGCGGCACACCAGAGGAGUGCACGGAUCGCUGCUGCAAUGCCACCACGUGCCAGCUGAGAGAGGGAGCCGAGUGUGCCCGAGGGGAAUGCUGCCAGGACUGCAAGGUGAAGGCUGCGGGUGCGCUCUGCCGGGCCAGCAAGAACGACUGCGACCUUGCCGAGCACUGCAGCGGGCUCAGCGCCGAGUGCCCGGAGGACGUGUUCCAGGAGAACGGCAUCUCCUGCCAGCACGGCAAGGGCUACUGCUACAACGGGGCCUGUCCUUCGCACGGCGAGCAGUGCCGGGCGCUCUGGGGCGCAGAGGCGCAGGUGGCUCCCGACGUCUGCUUCAAGCACAACAGCGAGCAGCACGUCCACCUGCACUGCCUCACCGAGUACGGCAAGCAGCCCUGCAGCCCCAAGGAUGUCAAGUGCGGCACGCUGCUGUGCCUGAGCGACAACACCCAGCCCAUCCUCGGCAGCGGCUACUACUCCUUCGGCUACUACUUCGGCCGCUUCAAGUGCAAGGCGGUGAUCGCGGGCAGCGACGCCGGCGAGGCGGCCGAGCUGCGGCUGGUGCCCACCGGGGCCAAGUGCGGCGAGGAGAUGGUCUGCUACGCCGGGCGCUGCCAGAACCUCCAGGUGUACGGCGACAAGAACUGCUCGGCCAAGUGCAACAACCACGGGGUGUGCAACCACAGGCGGGAAUGCCACUGCGACCCGGGCUGGGCGGCGCCCUACUGCGAGCAGGAGAUCUCGGGGAUAGCCACAGGGGGUGACAGCGCGGUGCUGGCGGCCGUGCUGGCCGUGCUGGCGCUGGCCGGGCUCGGGCUGGGCAGCGGCGUGGUGCUCCUCAGAGCCAGGACGGCGCGGCGCUGCCACAAAGGGUGGGCGAAGCCGAAGCCGCCCAGCAAACCUCUGCCGGCGCUGAAGAGCAAAGUGCCGAGCCGCGGCGAGGGACCGCCGGGACCGGCCCUGCCACCCACCCCCUUCCAGCGCUGUCCCCCGCCAAAGGUGGCCCUGAAGCCGCCCCCGGCCAGGAGGUGA